AUCACAUGCAAAGAAACCGAGCAAUGUUAUAAUAGUCGAAUGCCCGCAGAUAAUUGCCCACAGUAGUGUGUUUUUGUGCAUCAAGGGUUUUGCUGGGUCUAUCCGUCGAUGUUUUAACAACAAAAAAUAAGGUUUGCUGGGGAAGGAGAUGCUUAUCACCAACACCUAGAUUACGGCCUUUAGAAAUACUAUCACGUUUUCCAGCAAACCAGCAUGGCAUGGGUUUUCAUGAGGAAAAUACGCAACUAGUAGGAAUGUGUGCACAUUCUCGAUCGCACCACUCGCUGUAUUUUCCUCUUAAUCAGUAUAAAACGUCCCUCCGAGUACCCCAGAGGCAUCAUUUUUAUUGAAACUCUAGUUAACUCGUUGUGUUAGCAAGGUCGUUCCAGAAAUGAAGCUGCUCGUUGGUUUAAUCCCCUUUUGUGCUAUUCUCUGCGUUAGUGCAAGUGAUGGUGACCUUAGUGAGAGCAUGGAUCAUGCAAAACACACGUUACAUGGGAUGCCAAGAUUCAGCCUAGAAUUACUCCUGACCAAAUUCGCGAUGAUGGAACUUAAAUUACAGAAAAUAGAGAACGAUAUCCUGCAACAUCAAUCCAAGCAAGACAGGAUAGUUGCAGCCCUGCAGGAACAACAAUCGAGACAAGAAAAAGGCCAAAAUGAAAUGCUCGCCGUGCUUCGUGACCUCAAACAUCAAGUCGCAGUUAAUUUAAGUGAAAUUCACAAUCGAGAUCAGGAGAAGGUCAAUACGGCUCUUCAUAAACUCGAUCAACACGUCGGCAAUGUGCAUAACAACACUCGGCGGAUAAUGAAUGCUUUGCUGCAGCUGCACUCACUCAUUCAAGUUUUGCAAAAUCAGUGUUGUUUAACACCAACGGAAAAUAGUGUUUCAACGACAACGACCACAACACCGAAACCAAAGCAACCUCCCUUUUCCUCGUGCAAAGAUGUUCCUUUGAAAGUGUCUGGGACAUACCAGAUCCGUGUGAAACGUUAUAGCGAACCGUUUGAAGUGUAUUGCGAACAGGAGUCGUUUGAAGGUGGAUGGAUUGUGUUUCAGUUCCGUUCCGACGGAUCACUGGACUUUUACCGAGGGUGGAAUGAGUUCCGCGACGGUUUUGGUGAUUUAAACAAAGAAUUUUGGUUGGGCCUUGAGAAAGUCCACCAGAUAACAAGUGGCCGUAAGCAUGAACUGAUUAUUGAAUUGAAAGAUUUUGAAGGAAUGUACAAAUAUGCGCGGUAUGGUGCAUUCGAAAUAGGAAGUGAGAGUGAUCAAUACAACUUGAAAGAAUUCGGAAAUUAUAGUGGUACUGCAGGUGAUAAUAUGUCUCAUUAUAGGGGUAAGAAGUUUUCAACCAAAGAUCGUGACAAUGAUGCGUACGACAGCAACUAUUGUGCACCGCUCAUGGAAGGCGCAUGGUGGUACUGGUCUUGUUCUGAUUCGAAUUUGAAUGGGCGGUACAUGAAUGCAGUCGACAUGAAAUCAAUGUUUUGGUUUUAUUUCAAAAACAACAUUCAAGGAUUGAGUUACUCGCGAAUGAUGAUCCGCGAGCUGGAAUAAUAUUUCUAGUCGGAUCAUUGGUGCAGAGAAUUGAAUGAACAAACUUUGUUGAAUCGUACCCAAGUAGAUAAUAAAAACACA